AUGACACAAUCCCCUAUAAAGGGCCUGCAUCACCGUUCCGUCAUCCGCCAUCCACCACUUCUCACGUAUUGCCAUUCACCACAGCUCCCGUUCCCUCUGACAUCUCGCACUCCCCCAUCCACACCCCCGCGCAUCUGCAGUACUCCGCGGACGUGCAUCAUGCUGGCGCGCUCAACCAAUCUGAACAUGAGUGAGAUUCCAUUCUCCACCUUCCUCACCACUACCCCCUUUCUGUCAUCUGCCACCCUUAACACUCCCCCUCUGCAGGUGUGGCAGCACUCGGACGUGUGGCAGUACUCGGACGUGCGUCAAGCUGGCUCCCUCACGCGCCCCGAGUUCUUCAACGCACUGCGCCUCGUCACUGUAGCGCAGUCAGGCCGCGACCUCACACCCGACCUCGUGCGCGCCGCGCUCAACGGCCCUGCCGCCGCGCAGAUCCCUCCCCCUCGCAUCUCUGGAGCUCCUUCUCCUGCCGCUGGUGCUCCUGCGGGGGGUGCAACUUCUGCUCCCCCUGCUGCUCGAGGCCCUCCUCCUGCUGCUGCCGCUGCUCCUGCCACUGUCGCAACACCUGCAGCUGCAGCAGCACCUCAGCAGCCCCGCCGUCCGUCGCCUGUCCCCACUCGUCCCGGGAUGGGACCAGGCACCGUUGCUGCUCCACAGCCUCUCUCCUCCUUCCCUUCUGGCCUCAGCGUGGGCUCCGCCAGCGCAGGAUUAGCUUCGGGAGGACUGACAGCAGCAGCAGCAGCAGCCGGGCUGAAGCCGAAGCAGCCUGGCGCUUUGUCAGACGUGUUUGUUGAGUUUGGUUCGUUUGAUGUCAAGUCUAAGUCCGUGCAGCCUACUAGUGCGCCUGUGAGGCGGGAGGCACCGGGGUCGCUGCAGCAGCAGCAGCAGCAGCAAGCACAGAUGGGGACGAUUCAGGUGCAGCAGCAGAUGGCUGCUAAGCAGCAGCAAGAUCAGUUGCAGCAACAGCAGCAGCAGCAGCAGCAGCAGCAGCAGUUGCAGCAACAGCAACAACAGCAGUUGCAGCAGCAACAGCAGCUACAGCAGCAACAGGCCUUCCCACCACCACAGCAGCAGCAGGCGGCAGGGGAAGAGAAGCCAUCUCAAGGGCUUGUUGCACCUGCUGCUACCGUGUCCGCCCCUACUGCCCCUUCUGUACCUACCACUGCCGGCCCCGCUGCUGCUGACCAAAGCAUGUCUUCCUUUGCGCAGUCUCCUCCUCCCCCUGCUCCAGCUGCUGCACCUGCAGCUACUGCUGCUUCUGAACCCACAGCAGCAAGUUCAGGAGCUGCAGAUCCUGGUAUGCAGGGAGCAGCAGCAGUCCUGGAUGCAGACAAGAAAGGGGCAGGUGGAGUGAGCACAGGCGCACCAGGAGCAGCAGCAACGGCGGAGGGAGCAGGAGGGAAGGUGAAACGGACAGCAGACGACAUCGCAAAGGCGUCCCUGAAUGCCUUCCUUAUAGGAGGUGUUUCUAAUGCCAUGGUCCCCAAGCAACCCUCAGGCACAACCCCAGCCCCAGCAGCAGUAGCAGGAGCGGCAGGAACAGGGCAGUUCGUUUCAAGCCAAGCCAUCGUGCCUGCGGCUGCUGCUUCUGGUGCUAUUGUCGCUGCUGGGAUGGCAGCAGCAACAGCAGGGGGAGCAGCGGCAGCAGCAGGGGGGGCAGCAGGAGGGGGGUAUGUGAUGGUUCCGGGUGACCCGCAGCCAUGGCCCCAACUCACAGUGGCAGAGGUGCAGCGCUGUGCACAGGUGUUCAGUGCGGUGGACACGGAUAGAGAUGGGAAGAUUACAGGGGAGCAGGCAAGGAAGUUGCUAAUGAGUUAUAAGGUCCCCAUCGACGUGCUGAAGCGGGUGUGGGACAUGGCCGAUCAGGACAAGGAUGGCAUGCUCACCCUGCGAGAGCUCUGCACCGCUCUGUACCUCAUCAACCACGUGAAGGCGGGCCGCCAGCUGCCGCCCACCCUGCCUCAGGGCAUCCAUUUGGACGAGCAGCCGCCACCACCCACCGCUGCUGCUUCUUCUGCGCCUGCUGCUGCUUCAGCCGCUGUGUCAGCGAGCACAGCCGCCCCUGUUGCUGCAGCAGGGGGAACGGGAGGGGAGGGAGGAGGGGGUGCGGCAGGUGGGGCUGCUGCACAGGCAGUUACUGCUUGGAGACAUCAACCAGGUGCGUGGGGUGGUGAGGGGCAACGAGCAUGUAAGGGGUCACUGAGUGGCACGCCCGAGCAGCAGCAGCAGCAGCAGCAGCAGCAGCGGCCAACAGUAGUGCUGACGGGCGUGGGGCAGAUGCCAGUGCCAGCAGAAGCAGGAGACGUGGAUGCAUCACGGCCCGUGUACCGCUCGCAGGCGCCCGACCUGGAGGGCGAGAAGGUGGCUCAGCUGGAGGCGGAGGAGCGGGAGAAGCUUGAGAGCAAGCACAGGGAGGCGGAGGAGAUCGGCAAGAAGGUGUGGGAGACGGAGCUACAGAUAGCAGACUACAGGCGCAAGAUUGACUUCUAUCGUGUCAAGAUGCAGGAGAUCAUCAUGUUCAAGAGCCGCUGUGACAACCGCUUGAACGACGUCACGGAGCAAGUAGCAGCGCAGAAGAGACAUUACGACAUGCUCUGCAAGCGAUACGACGAGCGCUUCAAGGCGUCCAUGCCAGGUGUUAAGUCACGAUUGGCCUACGAGGACAGUGUGCUCAAGGAGCUGCAGGAUCGCAAGGCAGAGUUGAUGGAGGUGGUGUCGCGAUUCCGUGCCACCACCACUGCUGACGCCUCGGACCUGCUGCAGGGCCGGGCGGACAAGCUGGGAAUGGAUCUGGAGGACGCAAGGAGGGCCAUGAACCGGCAGGCCAAGGACCUGGGGCUCAAAGUGCGCCCGCUGCUCAGCGCUGCCUCCGGGCCUGAUGCGUGGCGAGUGGCCCUACAGGAGAACAUGGCGGAUUGUGAUGAUGACUGGGACGAGUUCAUGGACCAAGGCUUCUCAGUGGUGUGCUCGCACAUGGAUGACCUUCUGGGGGGACACAACGACAAGCUUCUCAGUGGUGCGCUCGCGCACGGACGAUCUGCUGGGGGGAGACGACGAUCCCGCGCCCCUCCUUGGCCCCAUCACCCCCUCCACCCUUCCCCUCGCCCCCAUGCUGCCCCCACGCUCCUCCCCUCCACAGGCUUCUCAGUGGUGCGCUCGCGGACAGACGAUCUGUUAGGGGGAGAUGAUGACGAGCCGGCGCCCCUCAUCCCCCUCGGCCCCGUCACCCCCUCCGCGCCGUCCUUGGGAACCCCUGCUUCCCCGCCCCUCGCUGCCGCUCCUGCCGCUGCCAGCGCUGCUGGUGAGGGUGCUGCUGGUGGUGCUGCUGGCGGUGCUGUGUCCGCUUGGGCCCUACUGGAGGAAGAGGAGGAGGAGAGGAGGGCGCGGGAUGAGAUGGAAGAGGAUGGAGAGAGAGAGGAGGAAGAGGAGGAAGAGGAGGAAGAGGAGGAAGGGAGGGAGGAGAGUAGUGGGCCCAUCAGCGUGGGACAACCGCUUUGGGUUCACAGCCUCAGGAGUGGACUCGCCCUCUGUCUCCCAGGUCAGCACUCCUCCUCCCAUCAUGCCACUACCACUGCUUCACCCUCUCCUCUCUGCCCUGCCCUUGCCUUUGCCACUGCUUCACCCCUCUCCUCUCACCUGCCCCUCUCAACCCCGUUCUAUGCCUCCUUCUCUUCCUCAGCCUUCGCCGCCCAGGACUUUGCCUCGGGAUUCGACCAUCAUUUCGACGCCACAGGUUCGGGCUUCCGAGCCUCCAGCCAGUAUGACUCCAACUUCCGAGCCUCGAGUGAGUUUGACUCGCAUGCACAUCCAGAAGACUCAGCUUCUGAGCAGUCAGGGCUGGGGUUUGGCCGCCCAGACGAUUACGCUGAGGUGGCUUCGGGCGGCGCUGCAGGAUUUGAUUCUGCUGCGGGGUUCGAUUCUGCAUAUGGAAGUGGGCGGGGCAGCGGUGUGUCGGCGUCACGAUUUGAUGAGCAUGUGGGGGAGGAGGAUGCAUCGUCUGCAGACAACACUCCCAUGGCAGGCGCAGGGGGAGACUUUUCUCAGCGCGGGUGGGGUGCUUUCUAA